AUGGUAGUGACGACCUUCGCGGCUGAAACCCAAGAUUGCCGGCGAGCAGAGGAGCAGCCGUGGGCUGAACAUUUCACGGCAAGGCGAGUAGGCCUUGUCGCGGCUGAAGCAGGCCGAACACGCAGGCCCCUAUCAGCGGCUGAGAGUAUCGCCGUCGGGCAGAGGAACAGCCGGGAGCCAACAAUUGCCGGCGAUUCGGAGUCGAGCGCCACCCGUGGCGAGUCGAGCCACCAGAUUUCCGGCGAGCAUGAUCGGGCCGAACCGCUGGGCUUUCAGCGAGACCCGAGCCGUAGCAAACGAGCCGAAAACCAGCGGCCGGAGAGAUUUGCAUUCCCUUCUUCUUUGCCUGAUCCUCCACACAUCAAAAAGCGUCGAGAUCUUACAUGGAAAGAACGGUACCUUGUGUUGAAGGAAGCAUCUAGACUCUAUGCUGCAAGCUGGGUGAGGGAUAUUGGUCCAGAGCUUAGGCCGAACGAUUACAAGAGGAAAGAAGAGAGUGAAGAUAAACUUAAUGGGGGAAAAGGGUCGCCUGCAUUUUUAGCAAGA